AUGGCUCUCUACUUGGCCAUUUAUACCUUGAUUGCCUGCUUGGGCGCAGGAGCCCUAGUGAACGCGCAGCAGCCGACGCAAAAAGGUAUUUCGCAGGAGUUGUUUGAUCGAUUCAGCUUCUUCGCCGAAUAUGCGGCCGGCUGCCACGACGGUGUCGACUGCGGCGCGGGCAACUGCCUGAAUGUGACCAGUGCCAACACCACCACAAUUGCAGAGUUCAACUCCACCAGUCUCUACAACCAGGGAGUAUCGGGCUUCGUGUUGCUAGACCACACCCACGAGCUGAUCGUGCUGCAAUUCGUGGAUCCACCAGGAAUUCUGGAGGACCUGGUCCAACACCAAAAAAACGUGACGUUGGCGCCGGUGACGAAGGCGAUGGCCCAGUACCGCAACUACAAGAUCGUGUUUGUCGGUCACAGCCUGGGGGCCGCGCUGGCCACUGUGGCAGCGGCCGAGUUCCGCACAUACGGUCAUAAUGUCACCUUGUACAGCUACGCAUCCCCAUCGGUGGGGAACUACGAGCUAUCUGAGCUGAUCAGCACUCAGGCUCAAGGAGAGACCUACCGACUGGCCCAUUGCAAUGAUAUCAUUCCCCGGAUCCUGUGCAACGGGGCCGGGCCACCUUCCAUUCAGGAGUUUCAGGGCAUCAACAACACUGGGGGCAACCUGCAGUAUCACCUCUUGGACGCACCAGAGCCAACCGCGCAUCUCUGGUAUAUCCAGAACAUGACCAUUUGUCCCGGCCCCAAAUUCAAUAUCUCCGCAUGCUGUAACGAUACACGGGCGACACGAGCCCUCUGCAAGCUGCUCGAUCUUCUGAAACUGAACAGGCCCGAGCUAACUCUUGGACUAUGA